AUGGAGUACCAACUUAUUCCUCGGAAUAGUGAAAUUUCUAAUUCAGAUGAUGUCUCUCUCACUGUAACACCUUCUAUAAGUCGUUCAGAACGAAAAACUAUUCCAUGGUAUUUAGAUGGAUGUUUAAUGAGCAAAGCUAUAAUUUUCGUGGUUAUAUUAACGUGGAUUAUAUUGGUUAUUUGGCAAGUGUUACUUACGGUUAGGGAAGUAGGAGUGUCUUAUAUUCUUGUUAUACUUAACUUCGCUUUUGAUAAAUGUUUACGUCCUAAUGCUUACACUAGGAGUGCUCCCUUACUUAUAUUGUCAACAAAUAUCAUUGGUUUAAAUGAUAUUAUUGAAAUUGGUAUAAUUGAAUCACCUUAUCGCGAAAUAUUAUCAUGGAGUGCAAUUAUAAUUAUUUUAUUUGGAAUUGGUUUAAGAGCCUAUGCGAUGAGAAUUAAUCAAUUUUUUACGCGAACUUUAAGAAUCGGUGAAGGACAAUUUAUUGUAACUGAAG